CACGUGAAGGCAGCAGAACCGCACCGAGUCAGUGACCUGAGUCGCAGAUUAAAAAAACCUGCUUUAAAACUAACUGUCUCCUUCAUCUGCUGUGUCACCGGGACUGUGGCUGCGGAUCAGCCGCAUCAUGUUGUGUGUGAGGCCGCUGCGUCUGCUCUCUAACUCCGUACAGCUCCUGAGGAACCCAGAAGCGGCGAGGAAGACAUUCAACAUCCAGGCAGCAGCAUGUUGCCUGAGCUCCAGAUCCUCAGCUGCUCACAUGGAUCACCAUGUCAAAGUGGAUGUGCAGUCACAGCCUCUCAGCUCCGGAGUGGACGACAUGCUUUUCUACGCCAUCACAGAGGGAAAAGAGCAAGUUCCCAUCUCGUACUUUACCUCAGCCCUGAGGAAAACUGGCCUCCAUCCGUCCGACCCUCGUCUAAAGGACUGCAUGGAGAAGCUCCGACAGGCCGUGAAUGACUCUGCUGGUGAGGCCAUGAUGGACAGAAAACUUUUCCACAGAUGUGCUGGUGGAAACAUCGUCCUGCUGAUCCAGGCCUUCAGGAAGAAAUUCAUCAUCCCCGAGUUUGAUACAUUCGCACGGAAAAUAAAUGAAAUCUACAACAGAGUAGGACAUCAAACUGAUGGGAAGGUUGCAGACUACAUCCCCCAGCUCGCCAAAUUCAGCCCAGAACUCUGGGGCGUGUCUUUGUGCACAGUGGACGGCCAGAGACACUCAGUGGGUGACACCAAGCAGCCGUUCUGCCUGCAGUCCUGUGUGAAGCCCCUGCAGUACGCCAUCGCCGUCCACCAGGCGGGAACGGAGAAGGUUCACCAAUAUGUGGGCAUGGAGCCCAGUGGACUCAAGUUCAACAUGCUCUCACUUGAUGAUGAAGAUAAGCCCCACAACCCGAUGGUGAACGCCGGAGCCAUAGUGAUCAGCUCUCUUAUCAAGCCUUGUUCAAAUAAGGCCGACAAGUUUGACUAUGUUAUGGAGUUUGUGAAGAAGAUGGCCGGCCAAGAAUACGUUGGAUUCAGCAACGCCACGUUCCAGUCAGAAAAGGAAACGGGCAACAGAAAUUUUGCCAUCGGAUAUUACAUGAAAGAGAAGAAGUGUUUUCCACCAGGAGCUGAUAUGAUCGAUGCCCUAGAUUUCUACUUCCAGCUCUGCUCCAUCGAGGUGACGUGUGAAUCGGCGAGUGUCAUGGCUGCCACUCUGGCCAACGGGGGAAUUUGUCCGAUCACAGGAAAGCAUGUCCUGAGUGCCGAGGCUGUGAGGAAUACUCUGAGUCUCAUGCACUCGUGUGGCAUGUAUGACUUCUCUGGACAGAUGGCGUUUCACGUGGGCUUACCGGCCAAGUCGGGCGUGUCUGGUGCGAUCCUGCUGGUGAUUCCCAACGUGAUGGGAGUGAUGUGUUGGUCUCCUCCACUGGACAGAGUGGGCAACAGCGUCCGGGGAAUAAACUUCUGUCAGGAGCUCGUGUCGCUUUUUAAUUUCCACAACUACGACAACCUGAGGCACUUUGUGAAGAAGCAGGAUCCUCGCAGGGCGGACGGGGACGACAGGAACAAGUCUGUUUUCAACUUGAUGUUCGCUGCCUACAGUGGAGACGUGUCGGCCCUGAGAAGGUUUGCUCUCUCGUCCAUGGACAUGGAUCUAAAAGACUAUGACUCUCGAACAGCUCUACAUGUGGCUGCAGCAGAGGGCCACAUCGACGCUGUGAUGUUUCUGACUGAAACCUGUAAAGUGAAUCCGUUUGUAAAGGACAGGUGGGGGAACCUGCCGGUCGACGACGCCAUGCAGUUCGGACACGACGACGCCGUGAAGCUGCUGAAGGACUAUCAGCAGCGAACGCAGCACACUGGGGCCGAGCCUUCGCCGAAGCUGGGCACCAUCGAGGGCAUGGUGUGAUGGGGUGAUGGGGUCAGGGCCGUCGUGACACCUGUUUAUAGAUAUUUGUAGCAUUGAGAGAGAAAUAUUGAUCGCCCUGUCCCGAUCUAUUCCAUCUCUGUGAAUUAACUAUGCAAACUGGAGUUUACAGCAGCAACAGAAUUCGUUCAUUUGAUUAAAAGGGGAAAAAAACUGUUGUGCUUUUUAUAACUUAUACCGACAGCACUUUUUACUGUUUCUGUUUUUAUUCUCUUAUUUGACGAUGUUGCAAACUGGAUUCUACAUGAUCCCAGUAAAACUUACGGGAGGUUCAUUGUAUAUGUUUUGUUGUUGAGCUGUAAAUACGUGUGCUGGACCCCUGAUACACAGAUGAAUUAUUAUAGAGUUUUUUAUUAUAGAGUAUUAUUAGAGUUUUAAUAUUUAUACACAUCUUAACCUGACAUCACCAAAGAUAAUUUGUGUUGUAGAAUAUGUUGAUAUUGAACACAUGCAUUAAACAUGUUUUUAUUAGAUAAUAUUUCAUCUGCCACCUGUAGUUUAACUUUCUUUUGAUUUCAUGAGGUUAGUCAAGGCACCGUGCAGGCAGUGAUUUUAAAUAUUAAGCAGCAUCCACUAGAUCACCUGACUACAUGAGGAAGAAGCAGCAGGGGGUGCGGAGCUGGACUGUUUUAUAUGCCGCUAUCGCAAGUGUGUUUGCAUAUGUUUAUAUGAAACUGUAAAAUACAGGAAUAAGAGAUAUUCAGCCGUGGCUACAGUGAAUAAAACAUGAGGAGUCAUGGCCAGAACAUUUUUAA